UUCAGGCCAGAGGCGGUUAUGGGCUGGGUUUAAAAACUGUGGCAGUGCCAGCGUUAGUUUAAAGAUACCAGUUGUUAAAUGUACCGAGGUAACUUGUAUAACCAACUUCCUGCUUCCAGAAAUCAGACACCGCUCAUCAGGGGCUUGCUAGUUUGCAAUAAAGGAAAAUAAUCUAGUUUGCAAUGAAGAAGGCGGUUCUGUUUAAUUUGUGGGGUGUUGUUGUUACACCCCAUCUCACCCAGACUUUUCAGAAGUUUGAAGAAACAGCUGGUAUUUCGAGGGGGUUCAUAAAGAAUGUAAUUACAAAACUUGGCAGCGACAAUGCAAUGCAUCGCUUGGAGAAAGGAAACCUCACACUGCUGCAGAUGAUACCUGAGUUUGAAGCUGAGUGUCAGAAGUUUGCAGCCGAGCAGGGACUUUCUUUACCUGAACAAUUCUCAGCUCAGAAGCUUUUCAGUGACCUCGGGAAGGCAGAAUUCAACAAGCCGGUUCUUGAUGCCGCAUCUGUGCUCCGUAUUCAUGGCAUCUCUACCUGUGUCCUGGCCAACGUCUGGGUGGAUGACACUGAUCAGAGAGACGGCGUCGCUAGGAUCCUUUCUGUUUUGGAAAGCCAUUUCAACCUGGUCGUGAGAUCUUGCUAUGCCGGUGUCAGAAUCCCGGAGCCAGACAUCUUUACCAGUGCCCUCGAGAAACUGGCGCUCAAACCUCAAGAAGCGGUGUGGCUGGAUGUGGAUGAAGAAAGCAUCAAGGCAGCUGAAGGUUUGGGAAUGACGGCCGUUCAAGUCAAGGACGUCACUCAGGCUCUUGAAGAAAUUCAGAAGCUUACAGGAAUAGAGGUCACCGGUCAACUCCAGCCACCGUCUUGUGAUCCUGAAAAUGUCUCUCAUGGAUAUGUGAAUAUUAAGCCUGGAGUGAGGAUCCACUAUGUGGACCUGGGAGACGGACCGCCUGUUCUCCUGUGCCAUGGCUUCCCUGAGAGUUGGUUUUCAUGGAGGUAUCAGAUUCCGGCUUGCGAUGCUGGAUUCAGGGUUCUAGCUCUUGACAUGAAAGGCUACGGUGACUCCACUGCUCCACCAGAGAUCGAGGAGUAUUCUCAAGAACAAAUCAUGCUGGAUAUGGUGAAAUUUUUGGAUAAAAUGGGCGUCCCACAGGUGACUCUGGUGGGUCACGACUGGGGCGGUUCUCUGGUGUGGAACAUGGCACAGUUCCAUCCUGAGAGAGUGAGGGCUGUGGCGUCUCUCAACACACCCCUUUUUCCGGUGGAUCCAAAAACAAAUCCGAUGGAGAAACUCAUGUCCUUGCCAAUUUUUGAUUACCAGAUCUAUUUCCAAAAGCCUGGUGUUGCAGAGGCGGAACUGGAGAAAAAUCUCGAGCGAACCUUCAAACUGAUGUUCAUCGGAAGUACUUGAAACCGUAAGUUUCUAAAUCUUUCACCCGCUGGAGUCUGCAAAAGAGGAGGAUUGCUUGUGGGGUCACCGGAUGAUCCGCCCCGCAGUGCUAUUCUGAGCGAGUCUGCGCUGAAGUACUAUGUGCAGCAGUACACCAAGAGCGGCUUCAGGGGUCCUCUGAACUGGUACCGUAACGGGGAGAGGAACUGGCGUUGGAUGUGUUCCAGGCCAAGGGGCAAGAUCACGAUGCCAGCUUUAAUGGUGACCGCAGGAAAGGACCCUGUUCUUCUGCCAGCCUUUACCACAGGCAUGGAGAACCUGGUCCCCAACCUCACCAGAGGCCACAUCGAGAAUUGUGGGCACUGGACUCAGAUGGAGAGGCCCGCGGAGCUCAAUAAAAUCCUCAUCUCCUGGCUGAAGGAAACGCACCAGAAAACCUCUAUCCCUGUUCAUCCCAAGUUAUGAGAGCAUGAUCUUGAUCUAACUACUCGGGCGAACGGACACCCAGCUACAGCGCACUGAAGUCCAGGCUUGCUGAUUGCAUAAUAAUAGUUCAUUGUCAUGUGAGUGGACUUCAGCAGUCCGGUCCUUUUUUAUAUAAAGCCUUUUAUCAAAUAACGAAGAGCUAUUUUUAAGGCGGCAUCUAUUGUGCUCCUAUUUACAUGCGAAGAUAGCCACUGCUUUUUAUAAAUGUAACACUGAUGGAUAUCACACUUUGUUACGAAUUGUUUUUAUUAACAGCUUUGCUUUGCAAAAUAAAACCAAUGAAUAUUAAUUUGCACUGUGAGAAA